AUGACGUCCUUCCUCCCUCCGCCACCUGCCACCUACAACCGAAUGCCAUCGCUCCUGCCCUUGCUGCGCCCUCAGCUUUGGCCCACUUCGGCUAUAAAACCGAGUCCGGGAGGGUUGGAAAUUGGCGAAGCUGACUUCGUCCUGCUCUGCGAUGCUCUAAAAGUGUCGGACAGCGUGAGGGAGAAAGCGUGGAAGACCUACGAGAGCUUAUCGGCUGUGGAUGGAGCUCUAGCUUAUAACAAAAAGAAAAAGGAAACAUGGGGAGUCUGUAUCUUUAUUGUAGCAAUUGAUCUGGAUGACAUGACAUUCACUUUCACAGAGCUUCUGAAAAGUAUAAACAUCAGUGUAUGCACAUUUUUUCAGUUUCUGAAAGAGGUGGAUGUUAACAUGGAUACUGUAAGCACUAAAGUUGAUAGCACUGUAUCAAGGCUGAAAAAGAAAUACGAUGUAUUACUUGCACUAUACCACAAGUUUGAAAGGACUUGUGGCCUUAUUUAUCUGGAACAGCCCAGUAGUGAGAUUUCUGCUGAACUCAGUUCUGUAUUAGUCCUGAAAAAUUACUGGAUUACUUUUUUGCUGGCAAAAGGUAAAGUGUUGCAAGUGGAAGAUGACCUGGUGAUUUCUUUCCAGUUGUUGCUGUGUGUCUUAGAUUAUUUUAUCAAACUGUCACCUCCUGCUAUGCUCAAGGAACCGUACAAGUCUGCUGUGACUGCAGUGACUGUUAAUGGUUCAGCCCGAACUCCAAGAAGAGGUCAGAACAGGAGUACACGUACUUCAAAGCAAAGCGAUACUGAUACGAAAGUUAUUGAAGUCCUUUGUAAAGAGCAUGAUUGUAAUUUAGAUGAGGUCAAAAAUGUGUAUUUCACAAGCUUUAUUCCUUUCUUGAAUUCUAUUGGUGUUGUAGCUUCAAAUGGACUACCAGAGGUUGAGGUUCUCUCGAAACAGUAUGAUGAGCUCUAUCUCAACAACAAAGAUAUAGACGCAAGAUUAUUUCUGGAUCAUGAUGAAACUCUACAGCCUGAUGUCAUAGCAUGCUCACAGUUGGAGAGGACACCAGUCAAAAACAAUCCAGAUGAGGAACUUAAUCCUAUACUUCCACAGACUCCUGUUAGAGCUGCAAUGAAUAACAUUCAGCAAUUGAUUAUGAUUUUAAACUCAGCAACUGAUAAACCGUCAGAUACUCUCAUCGUAUAUUUCAAUAAUUGCACAGUGAACCCUAAGGAUAGUAUCCUGAGAAGAGUGGAAAGUCUUGACCACAUCUUCAAAAAGAAAUUUGCUGAAGCAGUUGGACAGGGAUGUGCUGAAAUUGGUGCACAGAGAUACAAACUUGGAGUACGUCUGUACUACAGAGUAAUGGAGUCUAUGCUUAAGUCGGAGGAAGAACGCCUCUCAGUGCAGAAUUUCAGCAAACUUCUGAAUGAUAACAUCUUCCACACAUCUCUCCUGGCCUGUGCUGUUGAGGUUGUCAUGGCUACAUAUGGCAGAAAUGCUUCACAAAGUGAUGGUAGCAGUGCUGAAACAGACUUGUCUUUCCCAUGGAUUCUUAGUGUAUUUGAUUUACAAGCUUUUGACUUCUACAAGGUGAUUGAAAGCUUUAUUAAAGCAGAGCCAAGCCUAACAAGGGAAAUGAUAAAGCAUCUAGAACGCUGUGAACAUCGAAUUAUGGAGUCUCUUGCUUGGCAAUCUGGGUCACCUCUGUUCGAUCUUAUCAAGCAGUCAAAAGAACGAGAAGGCCAAACUGAUCAGCCUGAGCCCACUUCCACUCUCAAUCUGCCUCUCCAACAUAAUCACACUGCAGCAGACCUCUAUCUUUCUCCUGUGAGAUCUCCUAAGAAGAAAGCAUCUGGACCUCAUGCAAGUGGUACUUCCACUCCAGAUGCUCAGCCAGCUGUGACCCCCCAAACACAGAAACCACAGAAAUCUACCUCCCUCUCUCUGUUCUACAAAAAAGUGUAUCUACUGGCCUAUCUUCGACUACGUACCCUGUUCUUUCGGCUUCUCUCUGAACAUCCUGACCUGGAACCCUUGAUCUGGACCCUCUUCCAGCACACGCUGCAAAAUGAGUAUGAACUUAUGAGAGACAGGCACUUGGACCAGAUCAUGAUGUGUUCCAUGUAUGGCAUAUGCAAAGUAAAGAAUGUAGAUCUUCGAUUUAAAAUAAUAGUUUCGGCAUACAAGGAGCUUCCCAACACAAACCAAGAGACCUUCAAACGUGUUCUUAUCAGGGAGGAACAGUACGACUCCAUUAUAGUCUUCUACAACUUAGUGUUUAUGCAGAAGCUGAAAACAAACAUUUUGCAGUAUGCCUCCAACAGGCCUCCCACUCUGUCACCUAUCCCACACAUUCCUCGCAGCCCUUACCAGUUUUCCAACUCUCCUCGGCGUGUCCCUGCUGGCAAUAACAUCUACAUCUCACCCUUGAAGAGCCCAUAUAAAUUCUCCGACGGGUUUCAGUCGCCCACAAAGAUGACUCCAAGGUCUAGAAUUUUGGUGUCGAUUGGUGAAUCAUUUGGGACUUCUGAAAAGUUUCAAAAAAUAAAUCAGAUGGUGUGCAACAGUGACUGCCAGCUGAAACGCAGCGCAGAAGUAAGCGCUGCUCCUAAGCCACUGAAGAGGCUGCGCUUUGAUAUAGAAGGGCAAGACGAAGCAGAUGGAAGCAAACACCUACCCCAGGAGUCCAAGUUCCAACAAAAGCUUGCAGAAAUGACAUCUACUCGAACAAGAAUGCAAAAGCAGAAACUGAACGAUGGAAACGAUACCUCAGCCAGUGAAGAAAAGUGAGAUUCUUCUCAGGACCAGGGGCUGCACUGCAGACCCUCCUAGAUUGUUUUUGUUUUACAGCCUUCAUUAACUGAGUUGCUUUUUUAGUUGCUUUUUAUUCCGAACUGCUAGUUGAAAGCAUUUGGACUUUUAAAAAUGUUUUUCAUGAUACUUUGCCUUUUGAUGUAGCAUAUAUACAACGUAAGCCACUGAAUUUAAUUUAUAUAUUUUUUUGAGUAUUUUAAAAACAGACUUGGAAGGUGUUUUAGUUUCCUAUUGCAGCAUUACUGAUUUAAGCCAAUUCAGUCUACUUGGAUUGAAUUUUGCUGUCUAAAG